AUGGCAUCUUCUUUCUUCUCUGAUUUUGGCCUGAUGUGGUAUCUGGAGGAGCUCAAGAAGAAGGAGUUUGUGAAAUUUAAGGAGCUCCUCAAGGAAGAGACAGUGCAGCAUGGACUCAAGCAAAUUCCUUGGACAGAAGUGAAGAAAGCCUCCCGGGAAGAACUUGCCAACUUACUGAUGAAGCAUUACGAGGAAAAGCAAGCCUGGGAUGUGACCUUCAGAAUCUUCCACAAGAUCAAUAGGAAGGAUCUCUGUGACAGAGCCACAAGAGAGAGUGCUGGACACACAACGCUAUAUCAAACCCAUGUGAAGAAGAAAUACAGAGACCUAUGCUCCAGGGAAUUCUUCACCGUAGCUCACGAUUUCUUUGACCAGAAAAUCACGGAAGAAGAACACGAUUACUUUGAGCAGCUCUUUACAAUAAAGACCAUCAAAAAGCAGUCACGCACUGUGAUCCUUAAAGGGGUCCAAGGCAUCGGGAAGACGACCAUGCUGAUGAAGUUGUUACUGGCCUGGUCAACGGGCAGCAUUUAUCAAAACAGAUUCUCCUACGUCUUCUACUUCUGCUGUCGAGAAGUGAAGCAGCUGGUAUCCACCAGCCUGGCUGACCUGAUCUCCAGAGAGUGGCCCACCUCCCCCGUUCCCACAGCAGAGAUCUUGUCGGAACCCCAGAAGCUCUUAUUCCUUAUCGACAGCUUUGAAGUGCUGAGCUGCGACUUGACCCAAGCCGAGUCUGAGCUGGGCAGUGACUGUAUGGAGGAGAGGCCUGUAAGAGUACUGCUGAGCAGCUUGCUCUGGAAGAAAAUGCUCCCCGACUCAUCCUUGAUAGUGGCAGUAACCUCUGAAAAUGCAGGGAGCCUGGAGGAGCAGUUGGAGAACCCAGAAGUGAAAAAACUCGUGGGGUUCAGCGAGAGCAACAGGAAGCUGUAUGUCCGGUGCAUGUUCCCAGACAGGAGUCAAGGCAUGGCGGCCUUCAGCUUUGUGAGAGAGAAAGAACAGCUGUUCACCAUGUGCCAGAUCCCCCUGCUUUGCUGGGUCGUGGGCACUUGUCUGAAGCAGGAGAUGGAAAGGGGCAAAGACCUGGCAGACACCUGCCGCUGCACCACCUCCCUGUAUACCUCUUUCAUCUUUAACUUGUUCACUCCCAAGGGUGCUAGUUGCCCAACGAAGGAAAGCCAGAAUCAGCUGAAGGGCCUGUGUUCCCUGGCCGCAGAGGGCAUGUGGACUGGCACACAGAUGUUUAACAAGGAGGAUCUCAAGAGAAAUGGCAUCCUUGACUCUGACAUCCCCGCCCUGCUGGACACCAAGGUUCUAAGGAGGAGAGAGUCUGAGAACUGCUACGUCUUCCUGCACAUCUCCAUCCAGGAGUUCUGUGCCGCCUUAUUUUAUUUGCUAAGAAGCCACCUGGACCACCCUCACAAGGCUGUUGAAAAUACCACGUUGCUGCUGUUUACAUUUUUAAAGAGAGAAAAGGAACACUGGCUUUUCUUGGGGUGUUUCAUAUUUGGCCUUUUACAUAAACAGGAACAAGAAAAGAUGGACAUAUUUUUUGGCUUCCAGAUGUGCCAGGAAAUUAAGCAGCAGCUUUUCCAGUGCUUGGAUGCCAUCGGUGAGUCCAGAGAUCUUCAGCAAGAGAUAGACCAGCUGACGUUGUUUUACUGUCUCCAUGAGAUUCAGGAUGAAGCCUUUGUACAGCAAGUAAUGGCCUAUCAACGUGAGAUUAAGCUUGUAAUCAAGGACAACGUGGACUUGAUCGUUUCUGCCUACUGCUUGAAAUUCUGCACUACUUUGAGGAAACUUUCCCUUUCAGUGGAAGAUGUCCUUCAGGGAAAUGAGAAACAGAGACCUGUGCCAGCUUUUAAACUCAACUGUUGGCACCAGAUUUGCUCUGUGUUGUUAACAAAUAACGUCCAGGUACUCCAGGUGAAGGACAGUAAACUGGACGAGUCAGCCUUCAUCAUCUUGUAUAAUCAGCUAAAACAGCCCAAGUGUCCCCUUCGGAGCCUUAAGGUAAAUAACAUUACCUUCUUCUGCGAGAGUCAGCUGUUCUUUGAGGUGUUCCUCAGCAACACAAACUUGAAGCGCUUGAACCUCAACCACACCACCCUUUCCCGUGAGGAUGUACAGCUGCUCUGUGAUGUCUUGCUCCACCCGGAAUGCAACAUAGAGAAGCUGCUGCUGACAAACUGUAACCUGUCGUCUGAGGAUUGCGAGGUUCUUGCCUCGGUCCUGCUCAGCAGCAGCAAACUGAAGCACCUUAACGUCUCGUGCAACAACUUGGGCAAGGGUGUGCCCUCGCUGUGCUCAGCUUUGUGCCACCCGGACUGCGUCACGGAGCUCUUGAUCUUGGCUAAUUGCCACCUCAGUGAGACCUGCUGGGUAAGCCUGUCUGACACUCUUCUGAAGAACAAAACCUUGAGUCACCUAGACAUUAGCGCCAAUGACCUGAAGGAUGAAGGACUGAAGAUUCUCUGUGAGGCCCUGAGACAGCCCGACAGUGGCAUUCAGUCCAUGAGAUUGCAACAAUGUCUCAUCACUGCGAAGGGCUGUGAAGACCUUGCCUUGGUUCUCACUGGCAAUCAGAACCUAAAAAGUCUACAGAUUUCAAACAAUAAGCUCGAAGACGUUGGCGUGAAGUUGCUGUGUGAAGCCCUGGCACAUCCCAACUGCCGCUUAGAGAGUAUUGGGUUGGAGGAAUGCGAGUUGACCAGUGCCUGUUGUAAGGACCUUGCUUCCGUUUUCACCGUCAGUAAGACCCUGUGGGGAAUCAACCUGUUGGAGAAUGAUUUAGGCUACAGUGGUGUGUCCAUGCUGUGUGAAGCCCUGAAACACCCAAAUUGUCCCGUAUAUGUGCUGGGGCUACGAAAAUCUGACUUUGAUGAGGAAACCCAAGCACUUCUGGAGGCCAUGGAAGAGAGAAUUCCCUACUUGACAAUCUUAAGCAAUGAUUAA